UCUCUUUCCAUUCCUCUUCCCCCCCUCCCCUUUCCCACUCCUGAAUUUUUUUUAAUUUUUUUUCCUUUCCCAAACCCUCUUUCCCAGCGCCGUGGGAGCCCUUUCCCGGGACUUGCCAGCAUGCCUGCAUCCAGGGGGGGACUGCUCUUCCUUUCCUUCCUGGUUUUGGGGCAAACCAUGGAUUUUACGGAUUACAGCUAUGUCCUGGAAGAAGAGGAAGAAGACCCCGAUCCCAUUGACUAUAAGGACCCUUGCAAAGCGGCUGCCUUUUUAGGAGACAUCGCUCUGGACGAGGAGGACCUCAAGAUGUUCCAGGUGGACAGGGUUGUGGAUCUUACGCGACAUACAAUUGAGAGAACGGCCACCAACUCUUCAGGGAGCAGGAACAGCACCAGUCUCAGGCCUGGGAAACAGCUGAGGAGACGAUGGAAGCAAGGCCAAGGGCGCCUGAGGAGUCGCCGAGCUGCCACUUCACAUCAAGAACGGGUGUGGCCGGAUGGAGUCAUCCCUUACGUGAUCAGCGGGAAUUUCACUGGCAACCAGCGAGCCGUCUUUCGACAAGCCAUGCGCCACUGGGAGAAGCACACCUGUGUCACCUUUUUGGAGCGGACAGAUGAAGACAGCUACAUUGUGUUUACAUAUAGGCCAUGUGGGUGCUGUUCCUAUGUGGGGCGCAGGGGAGGAGGCCCACAGGCUAUCUCCGUCGGCAAAAACUGUGACAAAUUUGGCAUCGUGGUGCACGAACUGGGCCAUGUCAUUGGCUUCUGGCAUGAACACACACGCCCGGAUCGAGAUGACCACGUGUCAAUUAUCCGUGAAAAUAUCCAGCCAGGGCAGGAGUACAACUUCCUGAAGAUGGAGCCUGAUGAGGUGCAGACGUUGGGCGAGAAUUAUGAUUUUGACAGCAUAAUGCACUACUCGAGGAACACCUUCUCCAAGGGGAUCUUUCUUGACACCAUCUUGCCCAAAUAUAAUGUGAACGGGAUGCGGCCCUCCAUCGGCCAACGAACCCGGCUGAGUAAAGGAGAUAUUGCACAGACCCGCAAACUUUACAAUUGCCCUGCUUGUGGAGAGACCUUGCAGGACAGCCAAGGGAACUUCUCCUUACCUCGGUAUCCCCACGGCUAUACUGCCCACAUGCACUGCAUCUGGAGGAUCUCAGUCACCCCCGGGGAAAAGAUCAUUCUGAACUUUACAGUCAUGGAUAUGUACCGAAGUCGGCUCUGCUGGUAUGACUACGUGGAGGUGAGAGACGGGUUCUCGAAGAAGGCCAAUCUGCGAGGUAGGUUCUGCGGCAAUAAACUGCCGGAGCCCAUCAUCUCCACAGACAGCCGCCUUUGGAUCGAGUUCUUCAGCACCACCACUUGGAACAACAAAGGUUUCUUUGCAGUGUAUGAAGCCAUCUGUGGGGGAGAAGUGAAGAAAGAUAACGGCCACAUCCAAUCUCCCAACUAUCCAGAUGACUACCGGCCCAAUAAAUCAUGUGUCUGGAAGAUUACUGUCUCAGAAGGAUACCACGUGGGCCUCUCCUUCCUAUCCUUUGAGAUUGAGCGGCAUGACAGCUGUGCUUAUGACUACCUGGAGAUCCGGGAUGGUAACACAGAAUCAGGCAGCCUCAUUGGAAGGUACUGUGGUUAUGAUAAGCCUGAUGACAUUAAGAGUACCUCCAACAAAUUGUGGAUGAAGUUUGUGUCAGAUGGUUCCAUCAAUAAAGCUGGAUUUGCCGUCAACUUCUUCAAAGAAGUGGACGAGUGUUCAAGAGCAAACAAUGGUGGGUGUGAGCAACGUUGCGUCAAUACCCUUGGCAGUUACAAGUGUGCCUGUGAUCCGGGGUAUGAGUUGGCUUCAGACAAGCGUAGGUGUGAAGCUGCCUGCGGUGGGUUUCUGACCAAACUCAAUGGCUCCAUCACAAGCCCAGGGUGGCCAAAGGAAUACCCGCCCAACAAGAACUGUAUCUGGCAGCUGGUAGCACCCACUCAGUACCGCAUAUCCCUGCAAUUUGACUUCUUUGAGACAGAGGGCAACGAUGUAUGCAAGUAUGACUUUGUCGAAGUGCGCAGUGGACUUAAUGCUGACGCAAAGCUGCAUGGCAAGUUUUGUGGGGCGGAAAAACCCGAUGUGAUUACCUCCCAGUACAACAACAUGCGUAUUGAGUUCAAGUCUGACAACACCGUCUCCAAGAAGGGCUUCAAAGCUCAUUUCUUCUCAGACAUAGAUGAAUGUUCCAAGGAUAAUGGUGGAUGCCAGCAUGACUGCCUGAACACUUUUGGCAGCUACGAGUGCCAGUGCCGCAGUGGUUUUGUGUUGCAUGACAACAAGCACGACUGCAAAGAAGCUGGCUGUGAUCACAAGAUGCUCGCCACCAGUGGUACCAUCACCAGCCCAAACUGGCCAGAUAAGUACCCAAGCAAGAAGGAGUGCACCUGGGCGAUCUCUACCACCCCCGGACACCGUAUCAAACUGAUCCUUAGGGAGUUGGACAUUGAAGGCCACCAAGAAUGCACUUAUGACCACCUGGAGGUCUAUAAUGGAAAAGACACCAAAGCUCCAGUCUUGGAUCGCUUCUGUGGAACUAAAAAACCAGAGCCCUUGAUAUCUUCCAGCAACAGGAUGUUCCUCAGGUUUUUCUCAGAUAACUCCGUCCAAAAGAAAGGCUUUGAGGCAACCUACACAUCAGAAUGUGGGGGUCUGCUGAGAGCUGAAGUGAAAACCAAGGAUCUCUAUUCACAUGCCCAGUUUGGAGAUAAUAACUACCCCGGGGGCUCCGACUGCGAUUGGGUCAUUGUAGCCGAGGAAGGCUACGGCGUUGAGCUCAUCUUCCAGACGUUUGAGAUCGAGGAAGAAGCCGACUGCGGUUAUGACUACCUAGAGAUAUUUGACGGCUAUGAUAGCACGGCCCCACGUCUGGGACGCUACUGUGGCUCUGGGCCUCCCGAAGAGUUCUACUCUGCCGGUGACUCCGUGAUGGUAAGGUUCCACUCGGACGAUACCAUCAACAAGAAAGGUUUCCAUCUACGCUACACAAGUACCAAAUUCCAGGACACACUGCAUACGCGGAAGUGAUGCCCGGUCGCCCUAAGCCUACCAUCAUGGAGAACAAGCCUUCGGUCAACGGAAGGGGCAGAUGUCUGCUGUUGGCAAAAAAUAAAUAAAUAAAUAAACUAAAGAGAGAGAGAGGAAAAAAGACAUCCAUGGAGAAAAUUCAAAUAGACUGGGAAGAGAAAUACACAGUACACCUCAGAGUGUGAAACACUCACUCAGAAAUAAAGGUGCUGCCAGCCGCUUAUACGGACUAGGCUCGGGGGGGUGGGGAGUGUUUGAGUUCUUUCAUUUAAAAAAAAAAGUCAAUUUCUGUGCCUCUUUUGUUUCAUGAGCAGUGUCUCCAGGACUAAUUUCUUUGCAGCUUCCAUUUAUGGUUUGAUUUUAUUAUUAUUAUUAUUAUUAUUGUCUUCACUGCUCCCCACCCCUCUCCCUGCCCCCAAUCCUGGAGGCUUUAAGGUUUAAAAUAAUGCUGGGAUAUACAAAUUUAUGGCAGACGUUUUCCUUGAGAAACUCCACAGUGCAGGUUGACCAGCACAGAGGUCUGAAUGUACAGACCCAAAUUUGAUGGAGAGACUGCCAAGCUUACAGGAGCUGUCUGUUGUAACGAUGUAAUAAAUACACUUUCUCGUACUUCUAAA